AUGAUAUAUUCCUGUAUGUUGCUUCUAACUCGGGCCAAAGUAGAUGUGGUCAAACAGCCUCGCGACUGGAUGCAACCCCGACAACGAGCUAUCAUUCCCGGGCUUUGGAAGCACCUGCGGCGGAAACACCGGGAGCACCAUGGCCUACUUGAAAUCAGCCCCCUAUCCGAUGCCGGGUUUGGGAUUGCACGGGCUCCCGGUCGACUCCUUGCAUCCCUCGAUGGCGGGCUAUCCCGGAGGUAAUCAGAGAAAACAAAGGAGAGAACGUACGACUUUUACGAGAGCUCAGCUGGAUGUGCUGGAAGCCUUGUUCUCGAAGACGAGGUAUCCGGACAUUUUCAUGCGCGAAGAGGUUGCCUUAAAAAUCAAUCUUCCGGAAUCCAGAGUCCAGGUGUGGUUCAAAAACAGAAGGGCAAAAUGUAGACAGCAGCAGAAGCAAGUCACCCAACAUAAUCAGCAGCAGAGUACUGACAAAUCGGCACGUUUGAAGAGUAACAAGACCACUACGUCAACGAUAAUCACCAAGUCGUCACCUACAACCCCUCCGGUGUCGGUCACUAGCAAUAACAAUACCAGCACCAGUUCAUCUGCGAGUUCGCCGUCAGUGCAUGCAGCGCCACACCUUAGGGACAGUCCGAACUAUGUAAAGCCUCAGCUAUUGCCUACCUGUGGCAGCACCAACUCGCCGACGAUUGCCUCUGCGACGUACACAAACUCGGCGAACUCUAGUAUAUGGUCUCCAGCGUCCAUAGAUAGUUUCGCUCUCGAUCAACAUCGGUGGUGCUCUACUACCCAAUCGAGCAUUAUGACCACCACAAACUCAUCGUCGAAUUGUUAUAACAAUUACUAUUAUUCAAACAUGGACUAUCUUAGUUCAGCGAGCAUGGGCCAUUCGCAAUUCGGGGAAAAUACUUUGGAGGCAAGUUGGAGCAAAAGUAGGGACGACUCCGCAUGGCUCUACAAUGGUACCUGGGAUCGAAAAUGAAAUACUAAUAAGGGCAAAUUAAGAAUUUAUUUUAUUUUAGCAUAUUUUAGUUACCUGUCGAUAAAUGAAUUUCUCAGUUAAGGAUUUAUAUCCCUUACUGUAGUGUAUAGUGUAUAUAUAUGGUUAUAGAGUGUUUUGUAAUGAGUCUAACGAUUGAGGCUCUGAUUGAGGCUCGAUUUAUUUUCUAUAAUUCCCUUCCACGCAGUUGUUGAAUCUUUUCAUAUAAACUGUAGUCUCUAUCUAUGCCUUAGUUAUUCUGUGGUUCUCAAAUUAUAACUAUGCUCUCACCACUUUAAAACAAGAUUCUAUCACUCGCCACCCAUCUCCGUUCGUUUCAAUUCCAAUCAAAUGAGCCCAACAGACAAUUAACAUAGAUGCCUAAAAAUAAUGAGACUCAAAACAAGAUAAAUUGUAAUCUAAGUAUUCCGAUUCAAUAGUUCUACUUGCCAUUAAAAUCAUUAUCCUACUCACACCAUUACACCACUCACUCACGUUUAAGGCUGCGUUUUGUUUAUCAAAACAUUUAAUAUGUAUGGACGGAGAAGGUUCUGGUGUUGAAUCUUGAAUGUUUUGUGGACCCAACAUCAAUGAAAGAAUGCUCUAUGGCAAAUAAUGUGGUUAUUCAAACGCAUAUCAAAUUUUUGCAUUUGGGUUAAAAGUGUUUUUGCGGCAAUACUGUUUCAAAUGUCAGAAUUCGAACUCAAUAUCGCACGUAAUCCGACUCUCAAUUUGAUAAAUGGCAUUUGAAAUUAAUUUACCAACUGCACGUGAUUUGAUUGUGCACCAGAGUUGUGAAAUUUUAUUGACUUGAAUUGUAGAAUUUUAAUAGAUUUCAUUUUUGGAUAGUUUUGAUUAGUUUUAGUUCAGAUAAGGGAUGCAACAAUUGUUAAAAUAUGAGACGAUUAUUAGCAGCAAUCAAAAAUUCAAGUCAAUUCACAAAUAUAGGGCAGAGACAAAUCAGGCGUACUGACUCGCCGUUUCGCGAUGUACCCACGAACUUAUAUAACCUGUAAUAUUUCAAUGGUUCGAAUAAAUGCCAAACCCUGUAGCAUCUGACAAUUAAUGUACUCCGCCUCAAACCGCAGGGAACUUGUCACCACGCAUAGUAUCAGCAAAAAAUGACCGAAUGAAUUUUUCUGUUAGUUACAUCUUUUGUUGGUCAGAAUGCUUUUGCUGAAGGGAAUUGGGUUCUAAAUAUUGUGUCGUAAAAUUACGUGCUAGAGGAUACCCCAAGUCAAUGUCUCCAACUUGGCACGCGUACUCAUGUGCCUAAACUAACGGAAACUAAUAGUCCCUUUCAUUUAUGUUAUAUAUGUAUGACCAUGGUUAUUUAUAAGUUCGUGGUUGAAGCGGAAAAUUGAAACGUUUGACCAAUUACAAUAAUUUUGACGAAUUUAAAUUAGAAUGCUCCAAAACAAAAUACAUUCGAAAUCUUUGUAGGGACGUGCCAAAAUUUGUGUCGUAAGAUAUCUUUGAUAAUUUUGUAAUGUACAUAUCUGUAAACUGGUCAGUGAUUGUUAGAUUCGAAUAAUUAAUCUUAUAGGAUUGUGUCUACAUUGAGAGUAGCAAAGUUCUAAAUUUGAUCUCUUAUUAUUAUUAUAACGAAUGAGGCCUAAAAAAUCUUAAAAUUCCAACGUGUUUUUUUUUUUGCUAUGUUUAGGUCGUCGAGUCACUAUAUAGUGCAAUCGUAGAGGUUAUGUUUUCUUCGGUUUCUCCUAGAUCCGCAUUAUUCAAUAAAAAAGUUUAUUUUGUUUGUAAAUUAAUUUAUUACGUCAAAAAGGAUUUGUAUACAGUCCAAAAAAAUAUAUUGUAAUGUGUAAAAUGUGUCAAGAUUUUACAUGGUACAACAAGUAUUCCACAAGUU